UGUCAUGAUUUUUUUUGCUUUUCGCCCUUCUCGUCCUCACGCUUUUGAUGCCAGUUUCUAUCUGCUUUCUUUUGAUUAGCUGAGACAAUCUCAAUCUGGUGUUUGAGGAUGAAUCGUCCAUCGUCCAUCCGCAGAUGCCCUUCGUCAUAUGUGGCUCGAUCCUCCCGUCAAAACAUCCAGGCCGAACACACGUACAUACAGCGUGUCCCUACGCUUUAUACCAGACAACUCGCUAUCCGUUGCCUUCUCUAACCCUACCGCCACUCUCCAGUAUACGAAACCCGUACUCCCCACAAAACUCUUGCUUCAAGGGCUCCAAUGUUUUUACCCAAACCGGGAGUCUAUCGGCUCGUCAAUGUCCAAAGCAACACAGCUCUUGACCUUUCGGAGGGAGACGGAAAGAGCUUCAUAGGCUGGACCAAGCACGACAACCCAAACCAACAAUUUGUCUUCACCCCUCUCGGUCACGGUGGAGGAUACCUCAUCCAAAGCGCAUGGAACGGUAACUAUGCCACAAUCGAAGAUGGAAUCUGUACGGGAACCGCAGUGGUGGGGAGUGGGUUUCCUGUUACAUGGGCUCUGGAAGACGUUACACCUGAAAUGCAUGAAACGCACGCUCCUCGAAGUAACGGAUCCUGCUUCCGAAUUCGCUGGCCGAAUAGUCGGUAUGUGUUUGAUUUGGAAGGAUAUGGAUGCGAUAAGGAUGGAACGAGGAUCCAACUCGCUUACGAGCAAAAUCCAGUCCAUCCAUGUCAAGUUUGGCGAUUCGAGGAGAUAUCAUAUACUGUUCCUCUGACUUGCGGCGUGAACGUGGACGCCGCUACUCCUCUCGCUAAAUUUGAUCCUGGAUUAGAGGUGCCCUCAGGUUGGUUAGUUGAUGAUUUAGAGGACGAAUCGGAUGAGGAUUCGGACUACGGUGAAUUCCAAGACGCAUCGGAAGACGGGCUCGAGCUCGAGCUCAUCUCGGCUGUAACGCCAAUCAAUUCUACUCCAACCAAUAAAGAAGACAAGGAGGUCGAGAAAUAUAAGAUUGGGCGAUUCUUUGACUAUUCAGACGAAGAAGAGAAAGGGAGAUUGAGGCAGUCUCAGAUGACUGGUAUCAUGACUACUAGCUCAACGGGCAUGACUACAAUGGUGUACAAGGACAUGUAUUGCACGAAGCAAGUGCACUGAUGAGAACACAUGAAUAUGUGUAAUCUAUCAUGACCUAACCCAGCCUGUUGUGAUAAGUCAAGUGAAAAUAGUUGAAUAUGAGCAGCAGGUGAAUUCCC